CACAUGUGCUUUUUUCUGAACCCAGCGAGUGUGUUUGCAGAUGCUGCUGCUGAGACUGAGCAGAGGCUGGAGAUUGUUGCACAAGUCAAAAAGUGUAGGCUGCUUGCAAGUGGGUGUCUCUUCACCCACACUCAGUACCAUUCAUCUCUUGUACUUCAUUCUUCCUUUCUUUCUUACUGAGUGACACGCGGACUAUGAAAAAUAUGACUUUCCGACGAGUAAAGAAGCUGAAUUCAAGCGAUCCGGACAGCGGGUCGUUGUGUCACGACAGUGGAGAUAUUUACUUCACGUCCUCUAAAUCGGACAGCUAUGGGACUGUGAAUCGUGGACUCUCAAACUCCACCGAGGUUUACAAUUAUAAAACCCUUGCUUACUCCGGGGGAACCCUACCGAGGAACUUUAAAAAGAACGGUGGGCUGCAGAAAUGGAAGCCCCUCACGCAGUCUCCAGAACCGCAAAGAAAAACUGUGAUCCUGGAGAAGAAAGAAGAGGAGUCCUUUGGCUUCGAGAUCCAGACAUACGGGCUUCAUCACCAAAGUGAGAACUCGGUGGAGAUGUGCACCUUUGUUUGCAAAGUCCACGAAGACAGUCCCGCUUUACUCGCAGGCCUUAAAGUUGGCGACACGAUUGCCAGUGUGAAUGACACUUCAGUUGAUGGAUUUCGCCAUAAAGAAAUCGUCCAGCUCAUUAAAUCAUCAGGAAACAACAUUAGGCUCGAAACCGUCUACAGCGACUCUAUAAGAAAAGCAGAACUGGAAGCCCGUCUGCAAUAUCUAAAGCAAACCCUGCAUGAGAAAUGGGAUGAGUACAGGUCUCUGAUGGUGCAAGAGCAGCGGCUUGUGCAUGGUAUCGUGAUGAGUGAUGUGGCAAUGUACGAGUCUCUGGAAUCAGCCGGUGUUUAUGGGAGUCUGGGAGCUCCGAGUCCUGCAGCGCUGCGAGCGUUACGGGGCACCGACAGCACCAGCAGCAGCGUCAGCCAUCUGAGCGCUGCCACCGCUGAAGACGACCCGCUCUACCAGACCUGCGUCUUCAACAACACCAGCAAUGACCAGAUCCACGCUAAACAGGAGAACACUCGCCCACGUCUCAUCCGACCCGCCAGCGAGCUCUUUACCACCGCCAAAACCAGCCUGACCCGCAGCGCCAGCACACGCAGCUACAUGAGGGCUCCAGCAUCAUCAUCAUCAUCAUCAUCAUCAUCAGCAGUGCCAAACGGAGAAAAGCAGCAGUGUGGAGGCUUCAGCAGCCUGCAGCGCAAACCCAAACAGAAGAGCUUCAGGCGGAGGCUGCUCAAGUACAUCCCUGGACUCAACAGACCUCUGGAGGAGGAGGAAAGCAAACUGUGAGACUCGAGAAAUGCAUCCAAAGAAAGACCAAAACUGGAGGAGAAACCAAAAAACAGUUGACUGACUGAGAUCCAGAGAAUGCUAGUCAUUUAGUUCUUGUGAAAAUGAAUGUUUUGUUCCUUUACUCACCCUCAGGUCUUCUAGGAGACUUCAGUGGAAUAUUAAAGAAGAUUUUUAAUCUUUUAGUCAAUGGCUACCUGCACUUGGAGAGUCUUCAGACUAUCGUGAACGCACUGAGGACUGUUUACUUAGUUUGUAGAUUAAAGGUAAUAACGUAUAACUCUUGUUCCUGCACAAACCAAUCACCUUGCUGCAAAAUAUCUGUCGAUCAUCAACCACAGGGGUUAAUUUUGUUGG